GGCAAUGAUAACUCCCAAUGAAGCAGAGAGGGUAUUUUACUCAUAAAUGGGGUAACAAUUCAUAGUUGCCAUCUCUUUCCUGUUUUGACAGCACUUGUUUGUUUAUAUUUGAAUUUAGUGAUGACCCAACUAACUUAUAGAACAUAUAGUUUGUUCUCCCCUCUCUCUCGCAUGACCCAUAAACCAUCAACCCUUUUCAGUUUUCCAGUGCCAAAACCAUUUCUUUGUUGUUUCUUUGUUGCUUCUCUGCUUUUUGGUUCCCUUGAAUUCUGGCCAAAGAUGGAGGAAGAAGCCAUAAGGGUUUUGGGUUGGAAAGUAGGGAGAGAUUUCACAACCCUAUGUGCAACAAUAUUUCCUGUAUUGGCUUCUCUCAUCAUGGUGGUUUUGUUCCUGUGGACCAUUUGGUCUGAAUCUGAAGCUGCAAAGAAGGCAAGCAUAAACAGUGGGUAUAACAAUUGGGGAUUCUGUAUUGGAGUCUUAACCCUAGUACUUGGUUUCUUGUUCUUGGCUGCUGGGCUUCCUUUACUCGCAGACUUGGUUAUGAAAUUGUCGGAGCAAUUGCAGAACCAUGAGGAGAGCAGAAAACAUCAAGGAGGGAAGUGGAAGACAAUAUGUAUCAUCAGCCGCCUAGCUAUAAGCAUCAUUGCAAUGUUCACGCUAGCAUGGGCCAUUAACACCGGAAUUAGGCUUGCAACUGAACCUAGAAGAGAAGGGAAAUAUUAUCCUCUAGCAACCCCAGUUGGUGUUGUUACUAUUAUGUUUGGCUUCACUUAUUCUAUCAUUGGACUCUGUGUAAUUGCAGAGCUAGCACUAGAAUUGAUAAAGCAGUUGCAAAGUACAGAGAAAGAAGAAUUAGUUAAUCAUCAAGUUGGCAAAAUAGAUGUCAAAUUUUUUGUUUGACAUUGCUACAAUACAUCAUACUACGUGCAAAUAUCAUGCUCUUGCUGAUCAGUAAGUAGAUUUAGUUCAUUUCAACCACAAAGAAGGAAAGGUUUUUGGUUUCAGAUGCUCUAUUGGCUUGUCAUUUUAUUCAUUUUCCCACCAAUUUAUGACCAUUCAGCAAUCUGUAAUCGAUAUUCAGAACAUGUAGGUUGGCUCUAAGGUUUUGCCCUCCAUGUUCCAUAGGCAUGCGGCUAAUGCUACGAGAUGAACCACUAAGUGUUUUCACCCCGCUCACAAACUGCACAUCAUAAUGGCCUCUAUCCCUAUUCAUAAAGCAC